GCGAACGCCAUUUUGAUACUGAACACCGUGGGUGGAUCAGAUCGGGCACGUAUAGACAGCAAAAUUUACACUUAAAAACAUUGAUUUAUUGGUCAGCGAACGCCGAACAGCCAUGUCAUCAGAUAACCAGGACACGGAGACGCAGUCGGAGCAGAUGGACGAGACUCAGGAAUCCCAGGACACAAACUCAAACCCAGUGCGGACGGAGGAGGCCAAAUUGAAAGCGAAGUAUCCCAACUUGGGUCAAAAGCCAGGUGGCUCUGACUUCCUGAUGAAGAGACUGCAAAAAGGACAAAAGUAUUUUGACUCAGGAGAUUACAACAUGGCCAAGGCAAAGAUGAAGAACAAACAGUUGCCUGCCGCAGCCGGUCCAGACAAGAACAUCGUCACCGGGGAUCACAUUCCAACCCCACAAGACCUUCCUCAGAGAAAGUCCUCACUGGUUACAAGUAAACUAGCUGGCUAACACACCCAUAGGUUUUGAAUAAACCCUCUUACCAAACUUCCAACACCUCCCCAGCCCCGCCAGACCAGCUUCAUCAGGACUGGUUAACAAUUUAUUUUGUUUUAUUCGUUUUCAUUUGGGUGUAGAGUUUUGCUGUCAUUUUCAUUUCACUUCAGUAGGUCUAACCAACCCAGCUCUAUUACCCUCUUCAGUGUCCCACAUAGAGUAGGAAUAAACUAAAUCCUCGGUACUCCAGGCCCCGGUGGAGCAUGAUGCACUUUACUCUAAGUACCCUGUACAUCAGUGAAAUUAUGAACAAACCCCUGAAGACUUCAGAAAAUGCUGUUCAAAAGAUGCUUUUAAAAGUAUCAAAAAAUUUGAUUUAAGACUGUUUUAGAAGGCAUUGUUUUCUAUAUAGAUAAUACUUGACAGCCAUUGGCCCCAGAUGUACAUUGGCAGCCCUCUUACCAUUCAUAAUGACAGAUGAAUGAAUGUUUUAUGAGAAUUUCUUUUAAGAAGUCAGUGAGCAAGUGGUCAGAGCAAUUUGGUAAAGAGUGGCUUGUAGCUUUAUAGCCUUCAUCCACUCUUCUACCUCUAAAUAUGGCUCAGUUGAACCAAAUAACAGCUGCUUACGACUGGAUUGUUGUACUAUUCUCAGCCUUCACCUUUCAUGGUAGGAUCUGAGCAAGCGGUUCCAAUCAGGCUGAUUAGAUUAUUGUAAUCGCAGCUUUUGGGUGUAAACAGAGAAUGUUGCAAUUCACUGAUAAAGCCAAGAGCAGAAAUGGUCUUUGAAUGUGGCAUGAUAACGAAAGGGGCUUAAGAAAAUGAUCUUGUCACCACACAAAGCAUGCGUUAAGAGAUAAAGUAUGUUCAUAGAAAGUAGCGGCUAUAUGUGUUGAAUCUUACGGGCAACUGGAGUCAUUCAGCUUUUAUGUACACUAACAGCAGUGUAUUUAUUAAUGGGAUUCAUUUUUGUGAUAUUCGACGCAUAUGUAGUGUGACGCAAACAAUAACGACGACGCAAUCAUCCUGUCCGUCUUAACAAAAUGAGUCGAUUUGGUCAUAAAUAUCGACGUGUUUGCUGAGGAAUGAGGUGUGGAAGGAAAUUUGCAGAACUGAGCAGCACCUUUGGUUCGAUAUUUGUAAAGUACUUUUAAAUAUAUAAAAAGCAUUAGAAAACAUUACCCAUAGAUUGCUUUAAUAUUCAGCUUAUUAUCAGGUUUCAAACCAACAUUCAAAUGACUUUGGGGAGUAUUAUAUCCUGUGACUUAUUUUUUCCUCUGUGGUCUUUAGAAAGAUACUCUUUUCUCAUCAUUUAGCAAAGUGUCCUUCAGAGGGCACAAAUCAGUUAUCAUCUGUAGCUUCUUCAAAGUUUGAAGAAGUCUGCGCUGGGCUGUUGUAAAUCAUUGGAAACUUUG